AUGUCGAGGCCCGUCUUCUUGUCCGGACACAGAGGGCACGUUUGGUGCUGCUCAUUUAACACAAACUGCGACCUCCUCGCGUCGUCGUCGUCUGACGAGACCGUUCGCGUGUGGGAUGUCUCGACGGGACGAGCAGUUGUCGUGUUUGAGGAUCACGUCGGCGUCGUGCACGCUUGCCACUUCUGCCCGCAUUCCAAUCUUCUGGCGUCGUGCUCGUGGGACAGAACAACGAGAAUAAGAGACGUCACCACUGGUCUAGCGGAAAUUGUGUUGGGUGGACACGAGUAUGGCACUGUCAACUGCCGUUUCUCACCUGACGGUCGUUUGUUGGCAACGUGUUCUUGGGACAAUGCGACGUGUCUUUGGGACUUCAGAAAUACAUCUAAACCACUCAUCUGUUCUCUGAAAGAACACCGAGCUCCUGUUGUGUCAGCCAGCUUCUCAUUAGAUUGUAGAACUCUGGCGACCAGUUCGUGGGAUCGUACUGUUAGAGUGUGGGAUAUUGCUGGAAGUGAAAGAACUCUCUCACUAGUGGGGCACACUGAUGUCGUAUGGUGUGUUGCACAUUCUUCGUGUUUUGCUAAUAUUGUUGCUUCAUGCUCUCGAGAUCGACAAGUAAUUAUUUGGGACACAGAACAAGCAAGCGAGCUUUACAGAUAUUCAGAAAUGGCAGGUGAAGUACACGGAGUGUGUUUCUCUGCUAAUGCCAGUUAUCUUGCAGCAGGUGUCGGUGAUUCCAAUGUGUACAUUCAAGACACAGAGCAUGCUGGUAAACAUUAUAUAUUACAAGGUCACAGAGGAGCUGUAUACAGUUGUUGCUUUGCGGCCGGCGAUCAAUGUCUUGCUACUGCUUCUGCUGAUAAACUAGUUGGUUUGUGGGAACUCGGCAGUUAUUUUUCUAAAGAAUCAGGUAUUGAUGGUCUUGUAGAUUCUAUGAAUUCGUUUUCAUUAUUGGAUGAUGUUUAAUUAACUACUCUGCAGUCGUGUGCUACCCAGGUUUUUCGCACUGGGUUGACAGAAAAAUGUUAUUAUGUUGAUUUGAAAUUUGUUUUGACUGUGGAAGAUGGUACAGCAACU